GGGAAGGCGCUGCGGGAGCCAUGGCCGUCGCGGCUCUGGCGACGCGGAUGCGGCUGGGCGUGUGGGGCGCGCGGACCAUGCAGGCCCGAGGCUUCGUCUCCGAAGGGGCCGAGGAUGCCGAGUCCGGGGCGGGCUCCGUCCGGGAGGCCGGUGGGGCCUUUGCUAAGAGAGGGAAGGCCGAAGAGGAGCGAUACUUCCGACAGAAGACAAAAGAACAGCUGGCAGCCUUGAAGGAGCACCAUGAAGAUGAGAUCAUUCAUCAUAAGAAGGAGAUUGAGCGUCUGCAGAAAGAAAUUGAACGUCAUAAGCACAGAAUCAAGAAACUAAAAGACCAUGAUGAUUAUUAAAUGCAUACAGUUCCCUGCAGAAUGACCGCAUAUUAUUGCCCCCUGCUAUGUAGAAGUUCUGGUUUAAUUGACAUAUAUCUGUGUGCAGCCAACACAUUAAAAUAAAUUGUCAUCAGUGAAUGGAGUCUAAUGCAUUCUUCUAUA